AUGCAAAACAACCUCAUCUCCUGUACGAUUGUGGUUCUGAUGUGUGUCGGUUGUUCCAUAGCCAUCGGCGUAGUGAGUAUCGCCUUUCGCAUCGUGCCGGCCGCGCUGGUUAACGCCUUCCUCUAUCUCACCGCAGGUUUGUUUGUUAUUUUCGGCAACUUCAUUCAGCAAAUCAAGGUCGACAGAGUGCAGUCCAAAUGGGGCCCCUGCUACCCAAUCGCUUCACUACCAGAAGAGCUCUACGAUCCGCGAUUCAUUUCCGUGUCCAAUGGAUGGCCCAUGUAUGUUAACUGGGUCACCGUAUUUGUGUUCUUCGCGGCCUCUUGCACCUGGUUCAUUUUCAAACGCCUCCUGAACUUUGAAACGUCCAAGAGUAUCAUAUAG